AUGGGUUUGGACAGUCGAAUCCUUACCCCCAGUCCACUGGUGCCCCUGCAAUUACCCCACCCCCAACCCGGCCAGCUGUUCAACCUCACCGCAUGCUCUGUUUCAGAUGACACUGGUGCUGCAGCCAGUUCAGAGGCAGUGGGGCAAAUUCCUCGGGAAGCAGUGACCUUCAAGGAUGUGCUGGUGGACUUCAUCCAGGAAGAAUGGGUGUACCUGGACCCUUCUCAGAAGGAGUUUUACAGGAAUGUAAUGCUGGAGAACUAUACUAACUUGGUCUCCCUGGGACUUGUACUUUCCAAACCAUAUGUCAUCUACCAGUUGGAAAGAAGGGAAGCACUAUGGAUUCCAGAGGGAGACAUGCCAAGCAUUAGCCAUCCAGAUUGGAAAACCCAGCAAAAAUUGAAGGAGCUCACUCCAAAGCAAAGCAUUUCCCUGGAACAGCUACCCCAGGAGAUGCUUCGGAGGGAUUGUGUCCUCUUUUCCUCAUUGGGAGAAUCCAGGAAAUGUGGUGCCGUGCAACAAAGUCAUCUGACCAACAAAGAAAAGAAUUCCUGGCAAGUUACCAUCACACAAAAGAAACAUCCCAAUAAGGCUAGAAUUCACAAACAAACUCGUUAUGACAGAACCCUCAAUCUAGAGCCAAUCUUUCUCCCACAACAGGUAGUAGGAAAGAAUCUGAAUUCAUGUGACACAUGUGCAAAGUACUUUAAACUACAUAGAGAUAGAAAAAAAUGUAGUAGAUGCUCAAAGAAAACAGCUAAAUAUGAAUAUGAGACAUGCUGUAAGGAUAAUUCAGCUGUUAGUGACAGUCUUAGAAUAGGGACUGCCGAGAACAUUUACCACUGUAAUGGAUAUGAGAAGACCUCCUCAAGAAAACAAUGUAGUCUGCCUGAAACAAUUCAUACUGGAGAGAAACCUUAUAAAAGUAAUGAUUGUGUGAGUACCUUUUGCCUCACAACUGAUAUUCCCAAAUAUCAGGACAUUCAAAAUAAUGAAAAACCUUAUCAAUGUAAUGCAUGUGGGAAGACAUUUUGA